AUUUGGUUUUCUUCAAGAGGAAGACUCGGCAGCAGCAACCAAGGGGAAAGAAAGAGUCACGGCUUCUGUGCAGGUUCAAAUCAGUUUGACUUAAGGACAAAAGGGUUUCGAGGACCAUGCUCAGGGCCUGUGUCAGAGGUGCUAAUUCCACACUCCGGAAAAACUAUGGACGCACCCCUCUAAACGGUCUGCAGCCCUGCAGACACUACACAGCUGGGGAAAGCGGCGGUGGUGCUGCCAAAGUGGUCACUGCUGGCUUGAUGACAGUCACUGGUGGCAUUGCAGGAACGAUACUCUACGCCAAAUGGGACCACAAAUUCAGAGAAACUGUGGAGAAAAAUGUUCCUUAUUCAGAUCGGCUGUUGGGGUUGGCAUUGGGACCUGCUCCCCAAGAAACUGGUCUUUCUGUCAAAAAACAGAUUGAGUUGGCCCAACCUCCCUCAAUGAUGGAAAAAGCAAUGAAGGUGUCUAAAGCCAAGCAAGAAAAGAAAGUGAAGGAGACUACAGAGAGCCCCAUAGAAGUGGCUAAACCAGUACAGCCUGCACAGAGCCUUGAGGAGGCUUCAACAGAGGUGACUCAUAUAAUUUCAGCCAUCAGUGACGUACCAUCAGUCCCUGCUCCAUGUGACACCGAGAUGACACCAGUCAAAGAGGAGUGCAAGGAGUGUCAUAACCAUAAGGUAACUGCAGAGACAGCCGCAGUCUCCACUGAAAUAGAGUCUGUAGCAGCAGCAGAACCACUCAAAGAGCGUCCAGUCGAAGAGGUGACAGCUCGACUUGCUCAACAAGACCUAGAUGAACAGGAAAUCGUGGCAUCUGUGUCAGGGAAUCUUGACGACUCAUUGGCCAGCUCAGCUAAAGCCACGCUGCAGGCCAUUGGAGCUCAGGAGGCAGCCUUGCAGGCCAUCGCGCUACAUACACAAAAACUGAAGGAAGCUAUGGAAGCAGAGGUUCCACCACAGGAGAAGUCAACCCAGUGGAAGGAUCUUGAAGCUUGUCUUGCAAAUCGAGCCGCUGCCGUGAACGAUGCAGGGACAGCAUUGCUGAAAGCCAAUGAGGCCUUGGACAAUCUCAAAUCUGUCAUUGACAAAUCCAAGGGGCGGAAUGUCCCUGCUGUCCGGCCCCUCGUGUUAGCAGCAGAGGAGAAUCUCCAUAAAAUGGUGGUGGACUUGGAUAAAGUGGUCAAUAAGGUGAAGUCUGCUGAGUCAGAAGCUAAGGUCGUCUCCCAGUACAGUGAACUGGUUAAUGAAGCCAAACUCCAAUUUCAAAGGGAAGUGAGCAGCCUUACUCCAGAGAUUCAGGCCAACUGGAAAGGACUCACCGGUAAGCUGUCAACAGAUGACCUGAAUGCUCUUAUUGCCCAUGCACACCGUCGCAUUGACCAGCUGAACCGAGAGCUGGCUGAGCAGAGAGUCAGAGAGCAGAUCCAUAUUGAUGCCGCUCUGGAGCAACAGAAGUUGGAAUACCUGAAAUCGCAGGAGGCGGCUGUUAACACGUCCCUGCAGCACAUCAAGGAGGACGCGCGACUCGAGCAGGAGAGGAAGCUGUCUGAAUUGAGGGAAGUGAUGGAAGCAGAGAUGAGGACUCAACUCCGGCGUCAGGCAGCUGCUCACACAGAUCAUGUUCAAGAUGUCCUCAAAGUGCAGGAGCAGGAACUGAAAGCAGAAGCUGAGCAGGUCCUCAGCAGUAAGCUGUUAGAACAAGAGACCCGACAGCGUCAACUGAGCCAAGAGCAACUGGAUAACUUCACGCUGGAUAUGAAUACUGCCUAUGCAAGACUGAAGGGAGUGGAGGAGGCUAUAGACAGCCACGUGGUAGCGGAGGAGGAGGCUCGAAAAGCUCACCAGCUGUGGCUCUCUGUGGAAGCUCUCAACUACACCUUAAAGACCGCCGAAGCUGGUUCGCCCACCAAGCCGCUGGAAGUUGCCGCUCAGGCCGUGCGAGACAGCUGCCACGACAACGAAUUUGCCUUGGCUCUGGCUUCAGCUCUUCCGGAAGAGUCGCUGCAGCGUGGCGUGUACAGCGAAGCCUCUCUCCGAGCCCGCUUCUAUGGUCUGCGCUCGCUCGUUCGCAGGGUUGCCCUUAUUGAUGAGUCUCACAACUCCUUGUAUCAGUAUUUCCUCUCCUACCUGCAAUCAGCACUGCUGUUUGAGGCAAAACAGGAAGCCCCGCCCACCCAGUUAAGUGGUGAGGAUUUAGACCCGUUCAAGCUCCUUUCAUAUGCCAGCUACUGCUUGGAGCACGGUGAUCUGGAGUUAGCCGCUAAACUGGUGAACCAGCUGACAGGAGAGGCGCGGAGGGUGGCGGAGGACUGGCUGAAUGAAGCCAGGCUUACUCUGGAAACCAGACAGGUGGUCAGUUUGUUGUCUGCUUAUGCAAAUGCGGUGGGACUAGGAACCACCCAAGCUCCAUAGGCUCGCCGUCUGACAAAAGGGACACUUCAGUGUAUGCUUUUCCAUGCUUGAAAAGUAAAAUAACCGAUAACUAGAGCUUGCUUUUUGUUGAGGUGGGAGAUUUUCUGUGGUGUUAGCGGACAUACGCCGAGUGAUGGAUGUUCACUUGUUUGUUGUUUAAAAGCACUACAUCAUGAUAACUGAUAACUGCUAUACCCACUCAGUCUGGUGUUAUCUGUUUAGGCCCACUUGAAUCAGGUAUUUAUUUUUGGCACCUAAAUUCUUUUUUUUUUUUUUUUUGCCCAAGAAAUUGUAAUUAAUAGGAAUGUUGGAAAAGGAAUAUGUCAGCAUUUUAUUUUUGUCAAUAAUGCACUUCAAAAUAAAUCAUGAAUAAGAAAGUG